AUGACUCUAGUGGCACAUUUUGAUUUGGAGCUUCAUCAGAUGGAUGUAAAGACAGCGUUUCUGAAUGGUGACAUUGAUGAAACAAUCUAUAUGGUACAACCUGAAAGUUUUGAGGUCGAUGACUCGAAACAAAUGAAUUGCAAACCAGGAAAUACCCCAGUUGCCAAAGGAGACAAAUUCAGUUUAAAUCAAUUUGGAAGUCUUAUGUAUGCACAAGUAUGUACGCGUCCGGAUAUUGCGUUCAUAGUUGGUGUGUUAGGCAGAUAUCUCAAUAAUCCUGGAAUUGAUCACUGGAAAGCAGCUAAAAGGGUGAUGAGAUACCUAAAGAAAACAAAGGAUUAUAUGCUCACAUAUAGGAGGUCAGACCAUUUGGAGAUCGUUGGGUAUUCUGACUCCGAUUUUGCGGGUUGCCUAGACAGUAGGAGAUCUACAUAUGGCUGUGUUUAUACAUUGGCUGGAGGAGCCAUUUCUUGGCGUAGUGCCAAACAGAUACUUGUUACCAGCUCUACUAUGGAGGCUGAAUUUGUGGCAUGUUUUGAAGCAUCACAUCAGGGAAUUUGGUUAAAGAAUUUUGUCACAAGGCUGCGCAUUAUUCUGGGGGUCGAAAGACCUAUUAAGAUUUUUUUGUGA